CCCGGCAAGAUGGCGGCCCCCUUGGAACUCAGUUGCUGGGGAGGCGGCUGGGGGCUCCCGUCGGUGCACAGCGACUCCCUGGUGGUGAUGGCUUACGCCAAAUUUUCUGGUGCACCCCUGAAAGUCAAUGUCAUAGAUAACACCUGGAGAGGUUCAAGAGGAGAUGUACCAGUUUUGACAACUGAAGACAAUACUAUUUCUCAGCCGGCAAAAAUACUAAACUUUUUAAGAAAACAGAAAUACAAUGCUGAUUAUGAACUUUCAGCAAAACAAGGGGCAGAUACGCUAGCUUACAUUGCUCUCCUUGAAGAGAAGCUUCUUCCUGCAGUGCUUCACACAUUCUGGGUUGAGAGUGACAAUUACUUUACUGUGACAAAGCCAUGGUUUGCUUCACGAAUGCCUUUUCCGUUGAGUUUGAUCCUGCCUGGAAGAAUGUCUAAAGGAGCACUGACUAGGAUUCUCCUAACCAGGGGAGAGCCUCCCCUCUACCACCUUCGAGAAGUAGAAGCUCAGAUAUACAGAGAUGCGAAGGAGUGCCUAAAUCUUCUGUCAAACAGAUUGGGAAGAUCUCAGUUUUUCUUUGGAGAUAUGCCUUCCACGUUGGAUGCCUAUGUGUUUGGCUUUCUCGCACCUCUUUAUAAAGUACGUUUUCCUAAAGUUCAGUUACAAGAACAUUUGAAGCAGCUCUCCAACCUGUGUCGCUUUUGUGAUGACAUCCUAAACAGUUAUUUUAGGGUUGGUCUUGGAGCAUUUUCCUGCGUGAACAGAAAUGAGCAGCAGAUUGAUUUUGGUGAGGUACACUCCCAUGAUUCCACUACUUGCAAACUGAUUGCACCAGACUGGAGGCAUCUCUCCUGCUGGACAAGAAACGGUAGAUGCAAAUCUGCAGAAACUGACACAACUUGUAAAUAAGGAAUCCAACUUGAUUGAGAAGAUGGAUGACAAUCUUCGCCAAAGCCCUCAGCUUCCUCCUCGGAAACUGCCAACACUUAAAUUGACUCCAGCAGAAGAAGAAAGUAAUUCCUUACAACGGC